AUGUUUGACGCAGCACACGCCAUCCCUCUGGAAAAUGCCUAUGUUGACACCUCAGUGACGGUCGAGAACCUGCGACGUUCCUUGCCGAACUCUCCCAAAGGAUACACUCCCACCUUCCAGAAUUGUCCUCAGAAUGCUCCUGUGGUUCGAAGCGCCGCUUCGCUUUCGCCGAAUGAGACACAAUGGUUGCAGAAGCGGAGAAACAACACCAUUGCCCCAAUGCGCAAUCUGUUGAGUCGAUUGAACAUCCAAGACUUUAAUGCGACGCAAUACAUUGAUCGUGUGGCCAACAACGCCUCUGCUCUACCCAACAUUGGCAUUGCCGUGUCGGGAGGCGGCUGGCGAGCACUCAUGAACGGGGCUGGAGCACUGAAGGCAUUCGACUCCCGCACCGCCGACAGCACUGCUAAGGGCAAACUUGGUGGUCUGCUCCAGUCUGCGACGUACCUGGCUGGCUUGAGUGGAGGGUCAUGGUUGGUUGGGUCGCUAUACAUCAAUAACUUUACGACCGUCGGGGCCCUACAGGCAGAAAAGAGUGGUUCGGUCUGGGAAUUCGGCAACAGCGUCAUUGAAGGUCCCGAGGAAAGCGGAAUCCAAAUCUUCAACACGGCCGAGUACUACGCCAACCUGGUGAGCGAUGUUGAUGGAAAAGCAAACGCCGGAUUUGACACUUCUCUUACGGAUCUUUGGGGUCGUGGGCUUUCCUACCAACUGAUCAACGCCAGCGAAGGUGGCCCGGCUUACACCUGGUCCUCCAUCGGCAUUUCGGCGCCCUUUUUGAAUGCUGAAGCCCCCUACCCUAUCAUCAUUGCCGAUUCACGAGCGCCGGGAGAAAAACUGAUCUCAUCCAACACGACCAUCUAUGAAUUUAACCCUUAUGAGAUGGGUUCCUGGGAUCCCACCUCUUUUGGCUUCGUCCCCAUGACUCAUCUGGGCACCAACUGGACAGCAGGUCGAGUGCCGGCUAAUGAGAAAUGUGUGGUAGGCUUCGACAAUGCUGGAUUUCUCAUGGGAACAUCGUCUACAUUGUUCAACCAAUUGAUCCUACAACUCAAUUCUACCGGGAUUCCCGACGCCCUGCGAAAUCUCGUUGCGGACUUACUGACGGACUUGGGUGAUAACAACAACGAUAUUGCCGAUUAUACACCCAACCCCUUCUAUCGGUAUAACCCGCAGACCAACCCUUCAGCCAAUUCAACGCGGCUUACACUUGUGGAUGGUGGUGAAGACUUGGAAAACAUUCCUCUUCACCCACUUAUCCAACCCAAUCGUCAUGUCGAUGUCAUCUUUGCGGUCGACUCAUCGGCCGACACCGACUUCUACUGGCCGAAUGGGACUUCGAUUGUGGCCACGUACGAACGGUCGCUGAGCGCCAUGGCGAAUGGCACCGACUUCCCAAGUAUUCCUGACGUGAACACAAUCGUCAAUUUGGGUCUCAACACGCGUCCAACCUUCUUUGGCUGUGACACGUCGAAUUUCACCGGUGGCACCAACAUUCCUCCCUUGGUCGUCUACAUCCCGAACUCGCCAUACACGACAUUCAGUAACGUCUCGACCUUCCAGCUGGAGACCAACAACACUCAGCGGGACGCCAUCAUCUUAAACGGGUUGAAUGUUGCAACCAUGGCCAAUGGCACCCGCGACACGACUUGGCCGACCUGUGUGGCUUGCGCGAUCUUGAGCCGCAGUUUGGAACGCACCAACACCGAGGUGCCUCAGGCUUGCACGAGCUGCUUCAACCGCUUCUGCUGGGAUGGCACGCUCAAUUCGACACAGCCAGCCAAUUACGACCCUAAGCCUGUUCUCCAAACGGUGAAUCUUCAGAGUGGAGGCUCCAAGCUCUUACCUAGGUGGGCGGUUGCUGCGGCUGCGGCGGCAUUGGGCUACCAUGCUAUGUAA